AUGCAGAGGCCAAGUAGCGGCCAAGGGGCCGCCUUCUCCAUCGAUUCCCUGAUCGGGCACUCGCCGCCCGCCCCGCGCUCCGGCCCGCUGCUCUACACCGGCUACCCGAUGUUCAUGCCCUACCGGCCGCUGGUGCUGCCCCACGGGCCGCUGCAAGCCGCUACCGGGCUGCCCCCGCUGGCCCCGCUGGCUUCCUUCGCCGGCCGCCUCAGCAACUCCUUCUGCGCCAGUCUCGGCCAAGCCGUCCCGUCCAUGGUGGCGCUCACCACCGCCUUGCCGAGCUUCGGGGAGCCCCCGGACGGCUUCUACCCGCCCCAGGAAUUGCCGGUCGCCGGCAGGAGCAGCGCGGAGCCCCCCUGCCGACGCCGCAGCGGGGCAGAAGAAUUGGAAAGAGGCGACCUGUCUCCGGCUCGGGACAAAGGAGCCCCGGAGCCGCCGCUGCACUUCCCGGACCCCUUUCCCGGCCUGGCAGACGGCAAAGGCGCCUACAGCUCGGACGAGGAGAAGGCGGACGAGCGGGCGGGCGAGGCGGGCUGCGGCAGCGAGCAGGACAGCUCGCCGGAGGCGGAGAGCGAAGAGGAGCCGUUCCUGGAGGGUCCCGGCGGCGGCGGCGGCGGCGUCCCGGUGCCAGCCAAAGCCAAGGCUAAGCGCGGCGUGGGCGAGCAAGCGGCGGCGGCGGUUCCUCCCGCCGCCUCUUCCUCCUCCUCGACCUCCUCGUCGUCGUCGGGGGGCCCGGGCAAGAGCCGCCGUCGGCGCACGGCCUUCACCAGCGAGCAGCUGCUGGAGCUGGAGAAGGAGUUCCACUGCAAGAAGUACCUGAGCCUGACGGAGCGCUCCCAGAUCGCCCACGCGCUCAAGCUCUCCGAGGUCCAGGUCAAGAUCUGGUUCCAGAACCGGCGCGCCAAGUGGAAGCGCAUCAAGGCCGGCAACGUCAGCGGCCGCUCCGGGGAGCCGGUGCGGAACCCCAAGAUCGUGGUGCCCAUCCCGGUCCACGUCAACCGCUUCGCCGUGCGCAGCCAACACCAGCAGCUGGAGCAGGCCCAGCGACCCUGA